AUCAUCAUAUUCAUAAGAAUGCUGGUGUGAUUACUGUGGUUGCUGAAAGAACACUGGACAACAUGGCCAGUCCACCGCGGCAAACAAUCUGGCUGGCUACUUUGCUUCUUCUUGUUCUGGUGGAGACAUCUAGCGGUCAAUUUCGCUUGACAAAUUCACGCACAGCUACUUGCAGUGUUGAAGAUGAGAAUGUGGAUAUAGCCUUGCAUGCAUGGUCUAUCCCACUGAACCGUUGGGAACUUGUUGCUGAAAUGCUGGAUGUGUCAUGCCAAGACUCACCAUUCCGUUUCAGACACCUGAGACUCAAUGCAUACAGUGUAGGUGUAGUUGGCAGAGGAACUCGUAAAGUCUACCAACACAACGUCGACAAGAACCUUCCUGGUACAGAGAAUGUGACAUACUCCCUUUUGCCACACAACUCCUAUAACCAGACUUAUCUACUUGACAUCAACGUUGAGCUCUAUGGAUAUGAUGAAGCAUCCGGACGGUUCCGUACAUCUCUUUUUCAGAGAACACCGGCGUAUACAUUCUCAGUUGGCCGACUUCCAGCCAUGGCAGUUCAUUUCAAGAACACGUUCUUUGUCUUCAUCAUCAGUUCUCUUCGCAGAAAUAACAGGCAUUGCUUACGAAUCAUGGCAUCCGCACCGUUGAGUAAUGGAUCCUUUGUGCCAUAUCAGGAGGAAGGGUUGACAGCCAUGUCAUUGAGGGAUGUCACAGGUAAUGGAUUCUAUUCUCUAUCACUUCCAACUAUCCAACCACACUUGAGAGGAAAAUAUCACUAUUGGCUGAUACGUGACAGUAUGGAUGGCAGAAAUGGUGUGUUUACAAGGUUUGUCCAUGUCUCUUCAUCAUCCAUAUCACUGGGCCGGUUGAGACCAGGGUCUUAUCAUUUCGACUUGAAGCUCUUCAACUCAGCUAAUGGACACGAAGCUGUCGUUGGUAGUUGCGUUGAUUUUGAUGUUAUAAGAGAUGUUGUAACGCUGCCAUGCCCUGCAACGCCGUCAAAGUCCGAAACGUACAACUUCUACUUGUUCAACUGGAUUGGUGAAAUGGGCAUCUGGACUAUGCGUCAACAGAAUCAUAAUAUUCAAUGCCCCAGUGGUAGCUCAUACCAAACUAUACUACGCGAAGGUGGAAAAUAUAGCUAUGCUAUGGUCGGUGCCGAGUCAAAGGAAGUCCACGUUGAUUUUAUCGAUGGCAAGCCACAGCUAGAUUCUGACAUGGAGCAUGUGCUCAUUGACGCAAAGUGGGAAGUCCCCAGCAUGUACGUUAACAGCUACACCGCCAAUGUUUUCCGUUACAAUGAGGCAACUGGCAACUUUGACAAGUCGUUCCCGACCACAGCAUUUGUUAGUCUUCAGCUUGACCGCCUUCCCACCCUAUUGGCAGUGAAGAAGGGUUCUUACCAUGUUGUGGAGUUAAUGGCUGACAUGUUUGGUGGUCGAACGCAAUGCUUGGGAACACAUCAUAUUGAUAUGACCGAUGGUACAUCUGCAGCACCAUUCCAGAUGUAUGGCAUUAUUCACCAUGAGCGUCUAUCAUCAUCACAGAUGCCGACUCGUCGAAAUGUCAGCACAGUGGAUAUCAAGCUUUGGUUGCCACCCAUUGCCAAGCACUUGACUGGGAAAUUUGACAUGUGGAGAUUCUUCACUCGCUCGGUGUUUUCUGCAACGUACGAUUCAACAUUGGUGAGCACGACAGAAAUGUCCCUGUCCAUGAAUGAUAUUCCCAAAGGACAUUAUCAAUAUCAACUCAUGCUGUUCAACUCCACAGAUGGAAGGGCUGCCCUUGCUGGAGAUUGCGGAUAUAUUGAACUUGGUGGUGACCUUCGCAUCACUGUCCACUGCCCUGACCACGCUACAAUGGCUGAAUUGGUGGAUAUUUUCUUGUACCAAUGGUCUGAUUAUUUCCAAACUUGGGUUAUGUUCUGGAAGUUGACCUGGCAACAGUGCAAUAACUCUCCUAUUGUCUUCGACAACCUUCCUAAUGCUUCCUAUGCAUACAUUAUGCGAGGCUCUGAAUCUCGCUACGUGUACAAGAAGGUUGUGAGGGCAAAUGCACCUGGUGUCAGUUCAAAGUUCAUUGUUCUCCAGACUAUUAUGGAUGUUAACUUGGCGAACUCACAUCUUGCCACUGAAAUACUUGAAUACAAUGCCAGAAGAGGCAAGUUUGAAGAGGUAGCUAAAACUGAACAUUCACCACCAAUAUUUGCUGAGACAAUGCCUGUACUGGUGCCCGUCAACAAGGAGGUGUUCCAUGUUGCAAAGAUGCUGGCAACCUCACCUAGUCACAAGCUGUGCGUGAACUUUGACGUCUCAGAAUACAAAGAUGAUGAAUUUGUGCCCUAUCAGCCUGAUGGUAUUCAGGAAGACAUCAUAAUCUUUACUCCUGGUCAGUCAGAAAUUACAAUCGAUCUGGUGAUGCCCGACAUAGCGGACCAUCUGCAAGGCCGAUUUGACACUUGGCAAUUGGUUUAUCGUGAAGCUUUACCAAUGGCACAGGAGGGGACAUUAAAUCUGACUAUAAACACGACUGACUUGAUCAGAGUGGAGAGUAUAUCACCCGGUGUAUACACCUAUACACUCAAACUGAUAAACAGUGUAACUGGCCAUGAAGCCCUGGCUGGUCAAUGUGGAGUCUAUGAGCUAAAGGAAACGACCUAUGACUGCCCUGCGAACGUCAGCGAAGGUUUGGAUUUUCAUCUUUAUCGCUGGUCUGAUUUUGACGAGCAUUGGUACCCCAUGAUGGAGUGGCGAGAUCAUACUUGUUUGGAUGGAAAGGCUGUACUCACUCUCCCGCAAGGAAACGCAUUUUCAAUGAUCAUUCGUGGCUCCCAGACAGAUCGCAUCUACACCCAGCUUUUUGAUCCAGAGACAGGACCAGAGCAAUGUUGGCCUAUCCAUGUCGACUUGGAUAGAACUCGGAUAGAUAUUCCAGCCAAUCUUCCAGCCAUGGAAUAUUACAAUGUAGAAAUCUUCCAGUACAAUGUUUCCAAUGGUCGCUAUGGCAAAACACUGCCCGGCAGUCCAACACGGACAAUUCGUCAAGUAUCACUUCCAGCCUUGAUCUGUGCCAGCCGCCAACACAUGACAAUGAUCAAUAUCGUGGGUGUUGACAGCAAUGGCUACUCUUAUCAUCUGACAAACAACUUUACUGACUUCACUUUCGCACCCACUCCUGUUGUUGGCGAUGGUGUUCAAGGUGCAUCUGUCUCAAAACAUGAUGAGAGCACGGACCUGCUCAAAGUAGAGCUGACGCUGCCUGAAAUACCCAAGCUGCUCACUUGGAAGUUUACUGAUUGGAAGAUUUCUUAUAAGAUGGCACAGUGGAGUUCUUACUCAGAGGAAACAUCACCAGCCACCAACCCAACCAUGGUGCUCUUGCUGGAGAAAGGAAUUUAUGAGUACAUACUGACUCUUGUCAGCAGUCACACUGAUGCUGAAAUCAUAUUCGGCGGAUUCUUCUUUUACAGUUUGGAGGAGCCUGGCAGUCAAACGGGGCCCAUGGAGCCUAGUGGAGGUGCAACAUCAAAAAGUGUGACUGUGUUCCUGACAGAAGUAGACGUUGGACCGGUGGACGCACAUCUUUACAGGUGGUCUCCAGAAAUAUAUGGAUGGAUUCGCAGUGGUGAAGCUCUUGCACUGACCACUGGAAGUGGUGUUGAAAACCAUGUCUUUGAGGGACUUUCCCCAGGAAAAUACUCCUACAUCCUAUCUGCUUACAAGAACGGAACUUACAAUGUUUACUUCCAAGGAGUCGAAGAGCCAGUCGAAAACCAAAUGGUCGGUAACAUGGCUGGAGUGUCGGUUGCCCUUUCCAAUCCCUACAAUGGCAUAUUGACAAUGACCGUCGGUCAGCCAAUUCCUGGUACAGUUAAUGUGGGAAACAUUCGUCGUCAGGAUUUCACAUUGAAAUCAUUCAGUGGUCGUGAAACUCAAUCAAUGCUUCUUGAAUCCGAUACUGUGUAUUAUGUCUAUGUGUCGAGAUACCAGAUUUUCCCUCCGGCCCUUUCACCCCCAUCACCUCCACUUGAAAUAAGGACCCCGCUCAUUGCUGGUACAUGUGAACUUGGAUGCAUGGAUCCCUGAGCAGAAAAUCCUCAAUGCUGUGCUCGUUGCAAACGUGAUCCAGAAUAACCAUCCGUUGUCGACUUGGGAAAUUAUUUCAAUCUCCACGCACACACAUACCGAAUGUAUGACCAUGAUUUCGUUACACCACUCUGCUUCAUUCUUUUCCUUGUUUCAGUUUUCCUAUUUUUUUGUGUUCUCUAACAGCAUUUGCGCUCUUGUGUCGAGAAGUCGAUUGUGUGUUUCUUUUGCAAUCCUUCCCAUCUCUUUCACUUCUUUUCAUCCAGAGUGAAUAUUGCUUGUAUGUUAGCCAAGUUUAGGACCUAUCAGCUCUGGCAUGUACUUUUUUUGCCUAGCCUUUAUGCGAAUGCAUAGUAAUAUCUGCUUUCACGUAAAUUCUUGUGCAAUUUCCCAGAGCACUUUUCAUCGAGAGAAUUUCCAGGAGCACUUUUCAUCAA